GACGACGCGCAAUAUAUAUAUAGAUAAUUACUUAUUGGUCUGUGUUGCUUAAUGGUGUUUUGCAGCAGUUGAGGAAUAGUGGCUGUAAUGUGGGUCACUGGUUGUCCUAAGUGGAGGACAGCCACAUUCUCUUGUGCACUUUUUAAUACCCUCUUUUGUGCACGGCUACGUUGGGGAACAAAAGGUCAUCCACGGUGUUUAGUUGUGAUUGGUCAUUGACUGGAAUUUUAUUUUGUAGUGUCGGGCACUGGAUAGGAUAUUGUUGGUGUACUGUUUAACGGAAAAUGGACAAGUUUUGUCACAUAUGAUGAAGCUUUGUCAAUUGGUUGUUAGUUUUUCUUUCAAACUAUUUGCUGGCAGGCAAGUAACGGAAAAUGGACAAGUUUUGCUGUCAGUGUUUAGUGUAAAUUGGAUUUGUAUGACUGAAAUUCUUUCCCUGCUGUGGUGUAUCAAAACACUCUAAAUUUGGGUUCAAAGUGUUGAACCUUUUGCGAUUUUCCACUUGUGCAUUUCACAUCGAAAUGCAUGAUGGAGGAAUGUCGCUUUCUCCACAUGCAGUUUUUGUGGACUGUGGAAAAAUACUUUGGUAGUGUGAUGGACAGCUUCUGGGUGGCUUAUCAAUCAGUAUUGGUUUGAUAAAGGUUUGGGCCAGUGAUGGUUAUGACUGACCUAUCUGGAUGGGAGAAUUUGGGGGAAACGGUUCCUUUAUUAGUGGUGUUCCUAAGGACUUGCAUUUCGUUGAAAUGUCUUCACCGUACAGGGUAUCUCGAACAUUCUGUUUACAAGCUACGUCAUUGGCAACCGCAGUGGUGUGAUGAAUAGACACGUUGACUAGUUUCUCAGCCUAUAAUGCAAAUUGUGCCAGAUGCUUAGGUGGGGGUUUAACGAUUUGUCUUGUGUAUGUUUUGAAUUUAGAGUGGUGUUUUGAUACGGAAGUGACUUUAUUUCACAUUACAGAAUUGCCGUCUCAGGUGAUUUGGUAGUAACACGAGAAGAAAUUGACAUUUACAUUCUUUGCAAUGCGGAAAGAUGACAUUGAGAUAUGAGUGAUUUGAGUUACGAGCAUGAUCAUGGAAUGAAUUAAACUCGUGGGUAGAGCAGAGGCUAAUCAAUGAAUCCAAACCUAUGAUAUGACAACUUAAUUGAAAAUCAAGUGCUGAUCAGUUUAGUGCUGUCGUGCUUGGUGUCGCCAUUCUGAGCUGUGGGCUUCAAUACAUUUUCUGACUUACCGUUUUAAAUGGAGUUGCUUAUCAGGUGGUGGUGAAUGACAUGUUGGAAUGGAAAGGAGUGUAGAGCUCCAAGGCUUUGAUGGGAAUAAUGUUAUUCUAUACCCUUCUGUCUGCAGGUGCUGUUGUUUGUGCUUCAGUAUGGCAGUCGUCAUCCGUUUACAGGGAUUGAGGAUCACUGCCGGUUCUCAGGAUAUUCGCAAAUUCUUCACUGGACUCAAAAUUCCAGAUGGCGGUGUACACAUAAUAGGAGGCGAGCAGGAGGAAGCUUUCAUUAUUUUUGCUUCUGAUGAAGAUGCGAGAAGAGCAAUGACGCGCUCGGGGGGCCAAAUUAGGGGCGGGUCUGUGACUUUGCUGCUCAGUAGCAAAGCAGAGAUGCAGAGUGUAUUUGAGAAAAGUGCCAUAAAUCAAGAGAUGGAGCAAAAGAGAAAUGUUGAAGACAACACAAGGCAUGCCCGAAGAUCUGUGGAGGCUGACACCAACAAGAGGUCAGCAAGUAGAGCGGACAUCAGUCCUCCACCACGCCAAAAGAGAUCCUCAAACUCAAAUGAAGGCUCCCCGUGUGUUUUCCUCAAAGGACUGCCAUUCAGUGUGUCUGAAAGAGAGAUUUCAGAAUUUUUCAGUGGUUUGCGUAUCGUUGACCUCGUCCUGUUGAAAAACGCCACCGGAAAAAACAACGGGAUGGGUCUCGUGAGAUUUUCAAACGUUGCAGAAGUAUCGGAAGCCUUGAAAAGGGAUAGGGGAUACAUCGGUUCUAGGUAUGUGGAGAUUUGUCCCACGUCAGAAUACGACUGGCAUCGGUCAACCGCAAGGCAACCCAUGAGAGCUAACCCGGGAGGUGCCCAGUUUGAAAGACGUGGAUCGCCUUCACAUGGUCAAAAGAAUUUCCAAUACCGUAUGAGGUCACAGUCACCUGUAGGCCAGAGAGGGUCACCGUCCAGUGAGGAGUACUGUGUUUUGGUGGAAAACCUCUCCUUUGCUGUGGAAACUGAGGACAUAAAAAGACUUUUUCACCACGCGAGACUGGAUGAUGACCAGAUUUUGUUCAUGAAUUUUGACGACCGCAAAAGCAGGUCUGCAUUUGUACUCUUUAAGACUCUUCGAGAGUAUCGUGAGGCAUCCGAGCAGGAGACAAAACCCUUUUUCAAUCGAUUGAUUCAUAUCCGGCCAAUCUCAAGAGAAAAAAUGAUAGCCGCCUUUGAGUCUCAGAAAAUGGAGGUCGGCCCUUCUGGAAACUCCAGAAGGAAUAAUGAGAGGCUUCCAUUCAACACCGUGGAUCAUUCUGACCCUGAGAAAUGCUUGCUUGUGCAAAAUCUGCCCUUAGAUGUGCGUGAAGUGGAGGUCCUGGACAUCUUUGGGAUGAAUCUCUCAGAAGAUGACGUGCACUUGCUGCGUGACAAUACAGGUGCAGGGACCGGCAGGGCAUUGGUUCUCUUCCAUUCCGAGUCGACUGCCAUGAGGGCCCUCUCUCUCGAUGGACAAAGGUUUCUCGGCGCAAAGAUUUCUCUCAAAUACAUUACACGUGCUGAGAUGCGGGAGUUGAUCGCCGGGCCACCACGAAGAUUUACUGAGUACCAGGGUUCUGGUGAUGGCGAAUACUCUGACUUCAGGAGCCCUCAUCCUGGUAAUACGCCAAUGAAUGCAGGCUAUAAGUCUUAUGGCGACUCAUUUGACAGGGGCAACGGGGCUCGUAGCGGUCCACCAAGGCAAGAUUUUACAGAGCCCACAUGUGUAAAGCUAGUUAAUUUACCAUUCCAAAUAAAAAUGGAAGAAAUCUAUGAUUUUUGCCAUGGAUAUCGUAUUAUCCCGGGAUCCAUCUCAUUGCAGUAUGACAGAGGCGGCGCAUUUAAGGGUACCGCCACCGUGGUUUUUGAGACUCGACAGGAGGCAGUUAUAGCGGUGGAGGAACUCAGUGGGAGGCCAAUAGGUGCUCGAAAGAUUCAGCUCCUGCUUCUUUGAAAGUGACUUUGGGAUUUUGAUGGCCAGAACGCUCAAGUGGUCUGGUUUGAAAUCCUCUAAUGUGAUUGAUAGUUUGAGAGAAGUUGUAGUUUUAUUUUGUCUUAUGACAUUAGAUGUCCCCACCCUCUGUGUUUUAUUGUAUGGUAACUGGGUUUUUUAUUCAUUGUCUAUUUGAACGCCACUUAAGUCACUAGUGCGCAAUUUGCAUUUACAUUUUCAUUUUCAUAACAUUUGACUGCAUCCAGGGGAAGUCCCAUUAUGCUAUUGUUUACUGUACGUGGGAUAUUCAAUUCAACCACUUAUUGUGAUGCUUAUUAAAAAGACUGCUUCUCAUUCA